CGUCAAUCUCACUCGCUUUUGGCCACCACCACCACCAUCCCAUCAUCACCUUUCAAAUUUUUCGAUAGACCCUCACGCAGUUCGCGCAGUACUCGUCGAGAGCCGUUACGAAUUCCACCGACUUCCGGGCGAUCAGGAUCAUUCCCGCUGUGUUCAUCCCCCGGUCAACCCAUCAUCACCACCCUCACCCCAACCUUGAUCGACCAUGUCCGACUUGCCUCCCAUCGACAUGGACCCAACCACAUCCCUCCCUCCUAUAAACACCUCCAACCUGCCCACUUCAAACUCGAGAAAUAACAACAACAACAACAAUCAAGCCGACUAUACCAAUAACAACAACAAUGCAGCAGGUCCGAGCGUCUCGUCGAAAGAAUACCAAGAAAAGGCCAUCGCCGCCAUCGCGAGGAAGAAACAGAGGAAGUUCGAUAUCCCCAAGAUCGAUUUUACGCAGCAUCAGUUGGAGAACGGGGAGAUCGUUCGGACGGACCAGAGGGUCGUCAAGGACGUACAAGCUCCGGCCAUGCGACCCCCUACCGACGAAGAGUUUUAUUCCAAGACGGAUCCUUCGAAACCGGACAUUGCAUUCCUCAAGAACCACUUUUACCGGGAAGGUCGUCUGACCGAAGAACAGGCCUUGUUCAUCCUCCAAAAGGGAGGCGAGAUCUUGCACCAAGAAUCCAACUUGCUAGAAGUAGAUGCGCCUAUCACCGUCUGCGGAGAUAUUCACGGUCAAUACUACGACCUGAUGAAGCUGUUCGAAGUCGGUGGGAACCCUGCGGAUACCCGGUACUUGUUCUUGGGAGAUUACGUGGACCGAGGAUACUUUUCGAUCGAGUGUGUGCUGUACCUGUGGUCCUUGAAGAUGUGGUACCCCAACACCUUGUUCCUCUUGCGAGGCAACCACGAAUGCCGCCACUUGACCGACUAUUUCACCUUCAAGCUCGAAUGCAAACACAAGUACAGCGAAGUCGUCUACAACGCGUGCAUGGACUCGUUCUGCAACUUGCCCCUGGCCGCGGUGAUGAACAAGCAGUUCCUCUGUAUCCAUGGUGGACUGUCCCCCGAACUCAACACCUUGGAUGAUAUCCGAAGCAUCAACCGAUUCAGGGAACCCCCGACGCACGGACUGAUGUGUGACAUGCUCUGGGCCGAUCCGUUGGAAGAGUUUGGGUCGGAAAAGACCAACGAGCCGUUUUUACACAACCACGUGCGAGGCUGCUCGUACUUUUUCACGUAUACGGCGGCUUGUCAGUUCUUGGAGAGAAACGGGUUGUUGUCCAUCAUCCGAGCACAUGAGGCUCAAGACGCUGGAUACCGAAUGUACCGCAAGACCAAGACCACCGGUUUCCCUUCGGUCAUGACGAUCUUUAGCGCUCCCAACUACCUCGACGUGUAUGGCAACAAGGCGGCCGUGCUCAAAUACGAAUCCAACGUCAUGAACAUCCGACAAUUCAACUGCACGCCCCAUCCUUACUGGUUGCCCAACUUUAUGGACGUCUUUACUUGGAGUUUGCCUUUCGUCGGAGAAAAGAUCACGGACAUGUUGAUCGCGAUCCUAAACUGUUGCACCAAGGAAGAGUUGGAAGAGGCCGAGGAAGAGGAGCCUACUUCGCCCGAAGUCCUCUCGCCUGCCGAUGAGGAACUCGACGGACGUGACAAUGCCAAGAUGAAGAACAAGAUCAUGCUCGUCGGCAAGAUGUCUCGAGUGUUUGCCUUGCUCCGAGAGGAAACCGAGCGAGUGGGAGAGUUGCAGACUGGAAAGGAAGAGGCGGCAUUGUCCGACACGGCGUUGGCUUCGGGUGCCGAGGGCGUCAAGGAGGCCAUCCAUGGAUUCAGCGAUGCCCGACGAGCCGACAUUACCAACGAACGACUACCUCCCGAGCUUAUCGACGCCGACGAGGACGCGCCCGCUUCCCCCAUGCGAACGAGCGGUCCCGGCAGCCCGUCGGAGAGCACGCCUCCGAUGUUGUCGAGCCCGAACGAGUCCCCGGCGUUGGGCGGCUACGGCUCUGGUGGUGGUGGUGGGAUGGCCGAAUCUCCGUUCGGAUCCCCGAUGACCCCUAGCAGUCCCGACCUGGGCGCGACCUGGAAACCGGGCCACGGCCGACGAUUCUCCCUGGGUACGACGAACCGUACCGCACCCUCGAACCGUCGGAGGAGUCUGGAUCAGACGAUGGCGUUGAUGAAAGAGGUCCUCGAGGGGACCGACGCGAACGGGAACGACGAGGCCAUCGAGAGGAUCGCGGAGAAUCUGGGGAGUCCGCCUGCGAGUCCGACCCGGGCCAAGCCUCCGCCUGGAGGACCGUUUGCUUAGAGGGUCAUGACGGUCCGUCCGAGAAACCCAAGCAUGAGCGGGCGGGAAAGCGAACGGCAGAAGGACUCUUCUUUUCAUGUCUUCUCGUUCCUUGUUGUACUGUAUUGAACUAUCAUCGGUCCCUGAUUGUGUCCUCUGUCCUCUUCGCCUCUUUUCCCCUCGUACUUACUUCUGGUGUCAUGGCCGACCUCUGGCUAUUGGCCUCUGUUACGACGGAAGAUGAUCAUCAAUUCAUCAAACGACCAUAACAUCAUGGCAUUAUGCGAAUUUUGAUG